AAAAUUGACAGUUCAAUGACAACCUGACCCGGAGGUGAUACACAACGGUCUAAACGAGGUCAAUAUGAGCAUUUUGUGUACACACUAGUUAUUACUAAAGCUGUUGUAACUAUAUAUUUUAGUGAGAGCAGGAUGUGCAAUUGCACCUUACCGAUCAAUGUAUGAUAAAUAGACGCAACAUCUUCCACGAGACAGUGCAGGAAGAGCUCGGUUAGCAAGUAAGCUACGGUAACGUAAGCUAGCUAGCCAGCCAGAUAAACAAGCCUGCAUGAUCAGAUCAAUGCAUCUUUUGGGGAUGGAGUUGGUCUAACGUCUAGAAAACAAAGGGACGUGCGGAAAAUGGGUGAAUUUUACUGUGCGAUAUGUAGGCAAACAUCUUUCUCCGGAAAAGCACACAUCUUCGGGAAAAGUCACCAGAGCAAACUCAAAGUGGUCCUUGUUAAAUUCCUUGAGAAGGUGAAAGAGGCGCGUCGAACGAUAAAAAAUCCCCAGGUGGAGAAGUUUGAUUGCACUCAGCACAAGCGCAAAUGUUGGUGUUACUGCUGCGGCCUCGAAGUGGAGAGAGACGUCACUGAUGGCGAUAUCACGGUGUUGUUCGGGGGCUUGUUGGAACACAUGGCCAGGCCUGAACACAGGAAGGGCACCCACACAUUCUGGUGGGAGAACAAAGCUGACCCCAAACUGAGGGACAAGGUUAUAGUCACAGAAAAGGAAAUGGAGAGAUUUAAAACAGAGGUGGCAAAAGCUUUGGACUCAUUUGAGGAGAAGGAGGAUGAGUUUAUCAAGGAGCAAGCCACUCAUAUCCGAGCUCAGGAACAAAAUCGCCAGGAGGUCCUUCAGUCUCUCAUAGAGCCUAAGGCAGAGCUGGAGCUAUCGAACGCACAGGGCCCUUGCAACUCAGUGGAGGAGGCUUCCAGUAGCUCUCACUUCAGGGCCCCUGGAUCUGAUGAGCAGGCCAGGUCUGGCCGGGUAGACCGAAUGGUGGCCAGGCAGUGGGUGGGCCCUGGACAGGGCCUGACCUUCAUUGGCUACCAGGAUUCUUCCAACAGUGGAAACGUUCACACAGGAGCCAUCCCUCCAUGGUUACAGGAGGACCCCCAGGAGGGCAGAUCUGGGACAAUAGAGCAGGAGAUCGGCCCAUCACUCCAGGACUUCCUCAAACAGAAGGAGCAGGAGAAGCUGAAGAAACUCCCCCCUAACCGGGUGGGGGCCAACUUUGACCACAGCUCCCAGACCGACGCCAACUGGCUGCCCUCUUUCGGCCGCGUGUGGAACAGCGGACGCCGCUGGCAAUCCAGGCACCAGUUCAGAGAGGAAGAGGGACAGACCAACAGACGAAAGAGAAAGAGGGAUCAGGGUGCAGAGGGAACAAAGAAACCCAAACCGCCUGAACAACAGUGAAUGAACACCAUUGAUUUGGAUUGUAAAUAUAGUAUGCAUUGUACACAGAGAAAUGUUACAGAAUCAAAUGGAUUGAGUAGUUAAAAAACAAACAUGACAUUUGUUUGGAAACCAUGAAAAGUCUUUAUUUCAGGAUAUAAUGAACUGGGCUCAAUUGUAAAUUACCUUUUAAAUGUCAAGCUCACUAUAUAUAGCCUGUUUUUCAGAUUUGAAUCCCGGCCAAUGUUUUUGGCACGUGUUUUCAAAUAAAAGCAUGAACUGGA